CUGCAUCCAAUUGUCAGAGGGACAUGAGGAUGGUCUGGAAGGCGUACGUACCACUUCCACUCAUAUUCAUAUUCUGUUGGCAAGAGCUGGUCAUUGGGAUUUUCUUAGCUGCAGAAGAGGCCAGGAGAGGUAAUCUGUGUUCCCAGGAAGGAGAGAUUAUUGGUGGCAGCUAAAACCAUGGAGAGUUUCCAGGGAGUGGCAUAUCCGGAGCUGGGCAGCCACUCCUGAUCCAGCCCUCUAGAGUGCCUGCAAGUGGCUGCCAGGGAAAUCUGCGGGCAGACAGACAAUUCAGGACCUGGGGAAACCUCUGGAGCCCAGGGCAGCACUUGUCAGUCCAAGGCAGUUUUGUGGGAUGCAAGAUCUUUUCUUUCAAAGUGAGGUUUGAAAGUUGAGUGUUCAAUCUCCAGACAGAGGUGGAUUUUGAAUAGGAGAUUGUCAAGAACUAUGAAGGUCCUGAACUUUUACCUGACUGGCAAGCUGACAAGUUAGCUUGUCAUGGAUUAGUGGGUACUGAUGGAAACAUGAGAUGCUGGGUCAUAGAAAAAGAACUUUUUAAUUCAGAGCAAUCACAGUGGUCAGAGUGUCAUCACAUUUUGCUCACUAGUUCUCCAAUACCAUUUCCCACAGGAUGACACAAAAGAAAACGGUGACACCUGCACAUGUAGUAAGAGAAGAACUUUGAGUUUGGGGAACCUGAACCUUUCAUAAUGGGCAGUAAACAGGCCUGCUCUUUUUUUCUGGAGAUUGACACUGUCUCUCUCUUCCAAAGCUUUAAGCAAUUUUUUCUUUUCCCUAAAGAGGGACACUCUCUCUAUUUUCAAAGGCUGGAAACAACAGUCUAGAAAAAAAGGCAGCCAGAGCCUCUGCCUAUAAAAUGCACAGAAAUAUGAGAGACACUUGAAUUUGUCUUCCAACAAAGACAGGUUCCUCUUUAGCAAGGUGGAGUGUUCUUUAGAUAGAAGCUUCCUUUACUCAAUCCUCCUCUUGAUCUCUAAAUCUUUCCUAUAUACAUUUACCUCCUGGGGGGAUCUCAUUGAGCCACAUAUCUCUGAACCCCAUCAGCCUUAUAUCUUUAAAUCUAUGCUGAUAAUCCCCAGUUUACAAUUUGUACUUUAACACUGCCCCCAUUUCCUGACCUAGAUGUCAAACUGCCUAUGUGGUGCCUUCACUUGGUUAUCUUCUCGCCAUCUGAUGAAACUUACCAUGUUCUUGAUCCUCAUCCUCCACAUGAAACUUGAUCCUUCCUCAAUGUAACCCCUCUCAAUAAAAAGUAUCACUCAAUUGUGCCAGCCAGAAACCUCUUUCUUUCAUAUUCACAUCCAAUCUAUAAGGACAGCCCAGUUUCAAAAUAGACCUUGAAUCUGAUCACCUCUCUCCUCCUGUACCACCUUCACCCUAGUCCCAGCCACUAUUGUCUCUGUUCUUAACAGCCAUAUAUCCCUUCCUUGCCCCAUUCACCUUCCAAUUUUGCCCUAUACAUUCUACUUCUGCAGCAGCCAAUGUGGUUCUUCUGAAAUGUAAAUUAAACAAUAUCAUUUCUCUGCUUUCAACCUUCCAAUGACACUCAAGGUAUAGAAUAAAAUUCAAGGUCAAGACUACAUAUGAUCUGACCUUUGCCCCAAAAUCUGAUCACCCUGUCUCUCUCCCUUCUUGUAUUCCGCUUGCCCUUGAAAACACCCUCCCUUGGGCUGUCUCAGGCCUUUGUACUUAGCUGUGUUGUCAAAGUCAUCUAGGGCUCUCUCAGAUGCCAGUUGGUCAGGGACACCCUCCACGACUAUUCUAAAGAAAGCAGCACACUCCCUCACCCCUCUUUCCUUUUACCCAGACUUAUUAUGAUUCACAGCCCUGGCUACUCCCUGAUAUUAGGAGUCUAUCUUCAUUGACUGCCCUACAGCCUAGAAUAUAUGCUGCAUGGAUGAAGAACUGGGUUGUGUUCACUGAUGUAGCCUCUGCUUCAAAAAUAAUAUUUGACAGAAAGUAAAUGCUCAAUAAGUACUUGUUGAAUGAAUGGAUAAAUUAAUGAAUAAUAGUUAAUACUGGAUUUUUAAAAUGACAGUAACAGAGACACAAAUAAUUGGUGCCUUGAUCUUUCUUCUUCAAGUUAAAUAAAAUAACUUUAUAUAAAUUGUCUCCCAAAAUGCAUAUCUUCCAAUUCUUUAAUGAUUCUGGAUUGUUACUGCAGAACUCUUGCCAUGUUUUUCCAGGUUCUUGGAUAUGAUGGAGGUCAAAAUUGAACAUAAUAUAGGCGUCUGAGAAAAGCCUAAGUAGUCUAUAAUUAGUUUCUCUCUUUUUUUGGUGUAUUUUAUUUAAAAAAUUAUUUUAUUUUCAUUUUUAUUUUUGUGGGUAUAUAGUAGGUGUAUAUAUCGGUGGGGUACAUGAGAUGUUUUGGUACAGGCAUUCAAUGUGUAAUAAUCACAUCAUGGAAAGUAGGGUACCCAUCCCCUUAAGCCCUUAUCCUUUGUGUUACAAAAACCCAUUUCUACUCUUUUAGUUAUUUUUAAAUGUACAGUUAAAUUAUGGUUGACCAUAGUCAAUUUCCCUCUGUUUACAGGUUUUGCAUGCUUACCUAGGAAUGCUCCUUGAAAAGAUAAUCUCCUCGGACAUAAAAGCCCAGCCACAAAAAAGUCCCUCUAAGGGUCUAUUUCCAUUCUUUGCAAAGGAUUUAACAAUGAAAUACAAAAAUCUCAGGAUGCAGAGAGACUAACAGAACUUACACAAAAAUUUCUACUGAAUGAAUUUCCCCACCUUCUUGUGAUUGUACACCUGCCUUCCUUAUAAGGAGAACAAGGAAGUAAAUCAUGUUGAAGUUGCUUUUAAACACAGCUUUUCUGCUUUACCUGUCCAGGUAGCCUCUGUUUUCAUUUCAGUCUUAAUGAAAACUCUCUAACUCACAUCUCAAGUUUCUUUUCAAAGCAGUGUAAGUGGUAUUUAAAAUGUACUUCAAGAAAGAAAGACUUUAACAAUAUUCAGCUUUGGUCUUGAAACGCUGAAGGUAAUUCAUUUUUUAAUCGGUCUGCACAGCAAGAACUGAAACGAAUGGGGAUUGAACUGCUUUGCCUGUUCUUUCUAUUUCUAGGAAGGAAUGAUCACGUACAAGGUGGCUGUGCCCUGGGAGGUGCAGAAACCUGUGAAGACUGCCUGCUCAUUGGACCUCAGUGUGCCUGGUGUGCUCAGGAGAAUUUUACCCACUCAUCUGGAGUUGGCGAAAGGUGUGAUACCCCAGCAAACCUAUUAGCUAAAGGAUGUCAAUUAAACUUCAUCGAAAACCCUGUCUCACAAGUAGAAAUACUUAAAAAUAAGCCUCUCAGUGUAGGCACACAGAAAAAUAGUUCUGACAUUGUUCAGAUUGCACCUCAAAGCUUGAUCCUGAAGUUGAGACCAGGUGGUGCACAGACUCUGCAAGUGCAUGUCCGCCAGACCGAGGACUAUCCGGUGGAUUUGUAUUACCUCAUGGACCUCUCCGCCUCCAUGGAUGAUGACCUCCACACAAUCAAGGAGCUGGGAUCCCGGCUUUCCAAGGAGAUGUCUAAAUUAACCAGCAACUUUAGACUGGGCUUCGGAUCAUUUGUUGAAAAACCUGUAUCCCCUUUUGUGAAAACAACACCAGAAGAAAUUGCCAACCCUUGCAGUAGUAUUCCAUACUUCUGUUUACCGACAUUUGGAUUCAAGCACAUUUUGCCAUUGACAAAUAAUGCUGAAAGAUUCAAUGAAAUUGUGAAGAAUCAGAAAAUUUCUGCUAAUAUCGACACACCUGAAGGUGGAUUUGAUGCAAUUAUGCAAGCUGCUGUGUGUAAGGAAAAAAUUGGCUGGCGGAAUGACUCCCUCCACCUCCUGGUCUUUGUAAGUGAUGCUGAUUCUCAUUUUGGAAUGGACAGCAAACUAGCAGGCAUCGUCAUUCCUAAUGAUGGGCUCUGUCACUUGGACAGCAAGAAUGAAUACUCCAUGUCAACUCUCUUGGAAUAUCCAACAAUUGGACAACUCAUUGAUAAACUGGUACAAAACAACGUGUUAUUGAUCUUCGCUGUAACCCAAGAACAAGUUCGUUUAUAUGAGAAUUACGCAAAACUUAUUCCUGGAGCUACAGUAGGGGUACUUCAGAAGGACUCCGGAAACAUUCUCCAGCUGAUCAUCUCAGCUUAUGAAGAACUGCGGUCUGAGGUGGAACUGGAAGUAUUAGGAGACACUGAAGGACUCAACUUGUCAUUUACAGCCAUGUGUAACAACGGUACUCUCUUCCCACACCAAAAGAAAUGCUCUCACAUGAAAGUGGGGGACACAGCUUCCUUCAACGUGACUGUGAAUAUCCCAAACUGUGAGAGAAGAAGCAGGCACAUUAUCAUAAAGCCUGUGGGGCUGGGGGACGCCCUGGAAAUACUUGUCAGUCCAGAAUGCAACUGCGACUGUCAGAAAGAAGUGGAAGUGAACAGCUCCAAAUGUCACCACGGGAACGGCUCCUUCCAGUGCGGGGUGUGUGCCUGUCACCCUGGCCACAUGGGGCCUCACUGUGAGUGUGGUGAGGACAUGCUGAGCACGGAUUCCUGCAAAGAGGCCCCAGAUCAUCCCUCCUGCAGUGGAAGGGGUGACUGCUACUGUGGGCAGUGUAUCUGCUACUUGUCUCCCUAUGGAAACAUUUAUGGGACUUAUUGCCAGUGUGACAAUUUCUCCUGCGUGAGACACAAGGGGCUGCUCUGCGGAGAUAACGGCGACUGUGACUGUGGUGAAUGUGUGUGCAGGAGCGGCUGGACUGGCGAGUACUGCAACUGCACCACCAGCACAGACUCCUGCGUCUCUGAAGACGGAGUGCUCUGCAGUGGGCGAGGGGACUGCGUUUGUGGCAAGUGUGUUUGCACAAACCCCGGAGCCUCAGGACCAACCUGUGAACGAUGUCCUACCUGUGGUGACCCCUGUAACUCAAAACGGAGCUGCAUUGAGUGCCACCUGUCAGCAGUUGGUCAAGCCCGAGAAGAAUGUGUGGACAAGUGCAAACUAGCUGGUGCAACCGUCAGUGAAGAAGAAGAUUUCUCAAAGGAUGGUUCUGUUUCCUGCUCUCUGCAAGGAGAAAAUGAAUGUCUUAUUACAUUCCUAAUAACUACAGAUAAUGAGGGGAAAACCAUCAUUCACAGCAUCAAUGAAAAAGAUUGUCCAAAGCCUCCAAACAUUCCCAUGAUCAUGUUGGGGGUUUCCCUGGCUAUUCUUCUCAUUGGGGUUGUCCUACUGUGUAUCUGGAAGCUGCUGGUGUCAUUUCAUGAUCGUAAAGAAGUUGCUAAAUUUGAAGCAGAACGGUCAAAAGCCAAGUGGCAAACGGGAACCAAUCCACUCUACAGAGGCUCCACGAGUACUUUUAAAAAUGUAACCUAUAAACACAGGGAAAAACAAAAGGUGGACCUUUCCGCAGAUGGAUAGAACCACUUUAUGCAUAAAAAAAGUCUGUUCACUGAUAUGAAAUGUUAAUGCACUAUUUAAUUUUUCUUUCUUUGUUGCUUCAAAAUGAGGUUGGUUUAAGAUAAUAAUAGGACAUUUGGAGAUAAGUCAUUCUCUACAUGAAGGUGAGAGAGACUGUUGGCAGGUUCAAAAUAAUCAAGAAGAGAAAUAUCCUUAGCAAAGAGGUGACUUUGGGGAUCAUUUGAGGAAUACUAACUCUGUUGCAUUAUUGCCUCAAAAAAAUCAUCAAAAUGAUUCAUGGGGGCUUGAUUUGCAUUUGAAAAAUGUUUGAAAUUAGAAUCUCAUUUGUUUCAGGAAUGCAACUACCUGAGUUCUUUGUCUCAGCAAAGUCACAAAGCCCAUAUACUCAGAUUAUAUAUCUAUACAUGCCAAUUAAUUCUAAACUUGUAGGAAAUAUACCCUCUCUUAAUCUAUGAGAAAUGAGAUUCUGGUUUUACCUCAGCUAAGAGGAUGCAAUUCUUCUGAAGAUAUCCCAAAUAUAAGGAUGAACAUUAGGUGUUAAUAAUUUUUGUGAAUUUAUACACACUUAAACGUUAAGUACAAAAUUUGUUUUACAAAUGAGGAAGAAGUAAUUUAUAAAUUAAGAAGUCACUUAUAAAAAUAAAAAGAUAACAACUCUAUCAGUUAGCAUAUUUUUAAAUUACCUGAAAAAUGAUCUUCUACACUCAGUUUUCUUUUUUACCCUGAGUUUUCAAACUGUUACUUCUCUUAUAUUUCUCAGUCCAUGUCACUCAGUUGCAGUCUUUUAAACCCUGUAAUUGUCAAAUGAAAGUUUCUUUUUUUAAAAAAAAAAGAUUACUCUAAAUGGUUAGUUUAUUCAAAGAGAGCUCCAAUAAUAUAAACAGAACAUGUGUUAAAUAGAAUAAAAUUUUAAAUGGCUCAAGUCAAGCAUAUCAAGAGUAUACAAGUCUUAAAGGCUUUUUAAUACAUAUUAUUUUCCCAUCUAUGUAACCCAAUUUGCACAUUUUAGCUGCAUGUGGUGAAUAUGCAUCAUAUAGUUACUAUAAGAGGUAAGAUUUUACUUGCAAAAUACAUGUGCAAAUUAGGGAUCCAUCAGUUGAUGGAAGAGACGGACUCUAGAAUAUUAUUUCUUAUGGUUAUUACUUCUUUACAAAGUACUUUCAUCUCACUUGAUCCUCAUAAGGAAACUAAGGCUCAGAGUGAGUAGAGCUGGGUUCAGAAUCUAGAUCUUCUAACUCCAAGUCAUCUCCUCUUUCCACUGCAGGAAACUGCCUCUUUUGUCAGUGAAAUAAUAGAAAGAUUGUGUUAGUUAAGCAAUAACAGUCAUGUCUUUGAAAAUGUACUGAGACUAAACAAAUAACAUUUAAACUACUGGCAUACAGAUGAGGUAUUGUACUUUGUGCAAUGUUUAUUACCUUUGAUUAAUUGUAAUGUGAAGACUUUUACUAGGUGAAUAGUUCAUGAUGUAGUCGAGGCUUUGUGGUUGUCCAUUGAAUUGCUGCAGCAAAAUCUGUAAGUUUCUUCAGUUCUACAAGAUAGAUCUGUAUACAUUUGAUCACUUGGAGACUCUUUUUCUGCUGGUUCCUGAAUAACUCAAGUAAAUCAGACCUUUACAGAGUACCCGGCUAGAUGAAAGAAUUGCUGAACAAUCACCUCGAAAAUCUGAAGGGCAGAUAUACCUCCUAUGUUUCCUGACUUGCUCACAGAACCCGGGAGAAAUCUGCCACAACAUAUAGGUUGCAAUGCUGAGGACACAACAGCACUCCUCUCCUCUACGUGGACUUACUGUUGUAUUUUUGUAUUAUUAUUGGAAUGGGAUUUUAGAAAAUAGAAGUUACCUUUGUGUGUGUUUUAGGGUAGAGUAGAAUCUGCUCUUUCUCUGAGUACUGUUUUGACCCCAGGCGGGAUCUUGGAAAGGCCAAAACAUCAACAGUAGUACUUCUGUUCACUGAAGAGUUAUGUUACAUGAAGAUAAAAUGGUUUUGUCGUGUUUAUUAUUGUAUUUUGUGUUGAUGUAAAUAAACAUAGUAAUUUAAACAAUGAA